AUGAACAAAAAGAAAAAGCCUCAGAUUAAAGAAUCCUUAAUUGAAGUUGAAGAAAUUAAAAUAAAUUCUUCCGUCUGUGAAAGUUCAAUGAAUGCAGAAGAGAAUCCUUCUGAAUUGCUCUCCCCAGAUUCUACUACAGUUACUAAAACAGUGUCAAAUUACACACCUUCUAGUACUGAUGAAUCUCCUUCUGGCUCUAAUGGAGAAAAUACAUGUGAAAAGAGUGUCAAUUAUGACCCCUAUGACAUAACUCUGGCUUUAGAGGAAUCAGAACCAAUCAAAUCAUUUAGAGCUAUUGAUUCUUCUAAAACUUUUUGCCAACCAAAUAGCUCUCAGGUUGUUGCAUCUUAUCCUGGAAAGAUGAUUGAAAAGACACAGUCGUCUCCAACAGAAAUGGCCUGUUCGACAUCUAUUCACUCACACAACCAGAGCAAUAGGCUUAGUAGCCGACUAUCUCCUACGAGUACUGGUGCUACCAGCAGUAACUGUAUAAGCAGUAAUAAUGGCAACAGCAAGAACAACCGCUCACGAUCAAAUUCUAUUAUUGAUCAGCAGAAGUCACUUCAGCUCGCCUGUAAUUCUCAACCUACGUCAAAUGAAGACAAUAUUUUGCCAAAAAAUACCUAUUCAAACAGGCAGUUAAAUGCUGGUUCUCAGAGUGUUUCUGUUGGCUCUAUGUCCUUACCUCGAUCCCAGCAACACUCUUACAGCAGGCAAUCUCAGCAUAUAGCACAACCUAGUUUAUCUCCUGUGUCUAUGCCUUCCCCAAUAUCAAAUAUAUCCACGGCUGUUGAACCGGAAACCAAUUCUUCGGUCAGCCAGAACGUUAUUAGCAAUUCAUCUGCUCAAAUUGCUUCCCCUUGCACUUCAGAACAAAAUAAUUACUCCUCACCAAAUUCUUUGAGGUAUUCUGCUGAAUCACUGUUUAACACUUCAACCAAAUUAAAUACAGCACCACCAAAAUCUCACCCACAGCCCCUCAACCAAACCCUAAUUCCUCAAGAUUCAAGCAAUAUUAUUUCUAAUAGCAUUGCAGGCAGAAAUGAUAAUUCCCGGGUUGACAAAACCAGUUAUUCUUCUGGAAGUGCUUUUUCUUCUAACAAUACUCACCAUAUUGCUACCAGCGAAAGUGACGCUUUAAACUUUGCCAACCUUGGUUUGACUUUGACUCCAACUGUUCCAUCUAAUACCUUCACAGACAGUUCAGUUUGUAAUUCGUCAACAUCAUUCACUUUUUCCUUACCAAACUCCAACAACACUAGUUUAUUUCCCUCCCAUCAUUUCCCUUUCCUGCAUUUGCAUUCACUAGUCACACCACAGCUUUUACAUGGCGAAAACAAUGAAAGCAGUAGCAACCAGCAAUCACAAACAUUUGGGCUACCAUCAUUUGGUCUGAAUAACCAGAAGAACAAUAAUGAAACAGAAUCAAAUAUUCCGCAUCAAAAUACUUCUAAUGAACAAAACAUUAUCUGUGGCUCAUCGUCAUCUUCCUCCACGGCAUCAAGUCAUUUACAAUCACACAAUACUUUCAAUUUUGGUUUGAGUAACUCUUUAGAAACGUGUUCAAUAUCCAGAAGCCAGCCUUAUACAGAUGGCUCCAAUAUAUCAUUAAACACAAUAAAUUUGGAAAAGUCUUCGUCGAACACCAUUUCACAGUCAAAUGAUGGCUCCAGAACUGUUUCAAACCAGAAACAUUUACCAAAUAUUUCACAGAGUAUUUCUUUGAGCAAUCGAAACCAACAAUCUAGUUUGAACUCUGUCGAUUGUUCUUCACAAAUCACGAGUAGUGUAUCAACUUAUUUCUCCCCUAUGAACUAUCAGUCUUUACAUACACCACCUCUGCAUCACCCCCCCGUAACUUCUAAUGAGAAUUCCCGAGCUAAUAUUAGUAGGUCUUUUAAUGCAAAUCUCCCUACGUCAAUAUCUAACUUUGGGUCAAGCACUCCUGUAUUUAAUAGUAGAUUUGACAGCAAUCAGUUAUUAUUUCACAGCCAAAGGGAUGCUGCUACUGUGUCACAAAAUGUAAAUAUUAAUCCAGAGAUUAGUAAAUCUACUUCUUCUCAACAGCAAAAUACAGUUAGCAAGGCUGCUAAGCAACAGGCUUCUCAGCAGACGUUGUCUCUGUCGCAGAGCCAACUGAGUCAGGGCAGCCUCUCCUCACAUCAGAGCACUCCUAGUUCUAUAUCCGAUAACAACGCUACAUUAACACUCCCCCAACAAAUUCCAAAUACUUCUUCAACUGUUUUGAAAAGCAGUGAUAUCAGUACAUCUUUUAAUUCCAUAUUCCCACCUUCACGCUCUCAAAAUGGUAUUGGUUUAAACUUUCAAACAGGUUUCGGAAUGAACACUGUCCAUAAUGGUCCUACAAAUACCCCACAGAUUCCACCUCAUUCCAGUGCUAUGCCUAAUUUACCACACGUGCCCAGUCUUGGUCUGGGGAAUAUUUUUUCUGAUGUGAACAGUACAUCUCAGAAUGAAGCACUGAAUAUCUCUCCAAUCAAGUUCCCAACCAAUUCUAUUCUCCCUCCCCCUCAGGCUAGUAUCGACCCCAACUCACUACAACAUCAUCACCAGGGUGGUGCCCUCUACCAUAAUCGUAGUCAUCCACCACCGCCUCCUGUUAUUCACAACAUGAGUAUUAACAGUAUCUUAAGUCACAACCCUCAUGGCUUUGAACCAAGGGGUCCUGUGGCACAAGCUAUCAACAGUACGGUCACGCCCUCUGGUUUCCAUGGACCUAGUCAUUCUUCAUUUCCCAUACCACCACUAAAUUUUUCUAUACAUGAACACUGA